AUGCUAGGCUCUGUCAGCUCGUGCACCUCCCUGGUGGCUAUUGCAACAUACUUGUGCCUUCUACCCACUGCAUCAGCCAACUGGCGAUACAGGUCGCGACCUGACCUGUCUCCUCCGACGCUGAACAUCACCAUUCCUGCAACCAAGGAAGUGGAACAGGGGUACCUGUUUGUCGCUCCCUUCUCCGGCUAUCCAGAAGGCACGCAUCAUGGCCCUGCUCAAGCCGCACCGUACAUUUUCACCGACACCGGUGAUCUGGUCUGGUCAGGAUUCACAUACUUCUCCAUAUGGGCCACGAACUUCCAAAAGGCUCGAUACAGGGGCAAAGACAUCCUUUUCUGCUUCGAGGGCAGUCACAAUGCUGCAUACGGACACGGUCAUGGACACACCACGUUCCUCGACGAGAACUACGAGACGAUUCUCGAGCUUCGAGCGGGUAACCAUCGCUUGACCGACAAGCAUGAGUUCCACAUCAUCAAUGAGGAGACUGCUCUGAUCCAAAUUUACCAUCCUGUGCCGUACAACUUGACCGCUUAUGGCGGUAGUGCGGAGCAGCAAUGGAUCGUGGACGCCAAGUUUCAAGAGCUUGAUAUCGCGACUGGUGAGGUUCUGUUCGAAUGGAGCAGUCUUGAGCACGUGGACCCGUCAGAGGGCUAUCUCCCACUCAACCCGGGACAAGCUGGCUCUGGGUAUAACAGCUCUGAUGCCUGGGACUACUUCCACAUUAACUCUGUAGACAAAGACGACCAGGGCAACUACCUCAUCUCUGCACGGGAUGCCAAUGCUGCGUAUAAGAUCAACGGCCAGACGGGCGAGAUCAUCUGGCAGCUUUCCGGCAACUCGUCGAGCUUCAAGAUGGGCCCAGAGGUGGAGUUUGCCUUCCAGCACCACGCCCGCUUCCUGGCACGGAGCGAGGAUGGCACCAAGGAGGUCAUCAGCAUCUACGACAACUCAGCGCACGGCACCGAGGAUGGGCACGGCCACGAAGUGCACUUCUACAAGAUCUCGCGUGGAAAGAUCAUCGAGGUCGACACCAAGACAUGGGAGGCCACCAUUGUGCAAUCCUUCGAGCCGCCCGAUGACCUGCUGUCCAAAUCGCAGGGCUCAACGCAGGUCCUGCCCAACGGCAAUGUCCUGGUCAACUGGGGAUCGGAGGGCGCCCUGACCGAGUUCAAGUCCGACGGUACCCCGAUCUUCCACACGUACAUGGACUCGGGCGACCUCGGCACUGGCGUCGAGAACUACCGUGCUUUCCGCUACAACUGGACCGGCAUCCCCCACGAGGCUCCAGCGAUAGUCGCGCUCGAAGACGACGACCGCGCGGAGACCAACAUCUAUGUGUCCUGGAACGGUGACACGCGCACCCACAAAUGGCGCUUCUACGAGAUCCUGCGCGGUCGUCGCUCCUUCCUUGGCGAGGUCAAGCGUGAGGGAUUCGAGACCGUGCUAGCGCUCGAGCGUAUGGGUGUUAAGAACGUUCAGGCCGAGGCCCUGGAUGUUGAUGGCUCCGUGCUCGUCGACACAGCCGCCGUCAAGCCCGCGGCCAUGAUUUACCCAGCCGAAUCCGCAAGCAGCAGCAGCCGGGAGAAGAGCGACGGGCUCGUGCCCUGGCUGACGAAUCAGGGACAGAAGUUCUUCCGCAUUCACGAUACUCUGUAG